UCUCCGAAAAGUAGCCGCAUUCAAUACUUUUGAAUUAUCGAUAAAUGUCAUCCUCUUAAUUGAGCUUAAUUAAAUAUUUAAUAUCCGAAUAAUUGACCAGUAGACAAUAUGAGUGAUUUCCACGGAGCAUCUCUCCACUCAGGGGAAAGGGACUCAGACAGAGAAUUUUACGGAAGCACUGAUAGGCAAGCCGGUAAUGUCACUGGUCGUGAAUUGCAGGAACAAAAGGAAGCGAAGGGAAAAUAUAACAACUUACAAGCAAGAUUCACUGAAAUUUCUGAAGACCUGGAUUAUACUGGAAUGUUAUUUAGUGAGCACAGGGAUUAUGAAGAGAUAAAACUCAGGAAUAAGAAGCUGGAAAAUGAUUUAAUCCACAGUGGCGAGAAGCAUUUAAACGAGCUCUCCCGGGUGCGAGAGAAUUUUGAGAAUCAAAUCAAAUUCAGGACCUCUGAGCUGCAAAACGAAAUCAACGAACUACGACAAACCAAAGAGCAAAUUGAUCUUAAGCACAACAAGCACAUCGAAGAGUUACACGAAGUUAUCGAAAGUGAAAGAAAUACUCAGAAAGACCGAUUUAUGGAGAUCAUUGCUCACUUCCAACACAUCCUGGAUCGUACUUCAGAAUUCAGUGCACAGUUGCAGGGUGACUUUGAUUCAAUUGCAAAGCAGACCACCUCAUUGAAAAAUCAAACUCAUCAUUUGGAAUUCGAUCUCAAAAAGGAUUUUUCUGAUAAUUUGGACGUCUUGAAAAAUGCUUUACCAUUUGUAACUGAAUACAACAAAAGGGAAACGAAAUCUUUCUUGGAGCGGAACGAUCCAACCGUAGACGAUUAUGGUCCAUUGAAGUCUAUCCUGAAAAGCAGCAAUAAAAUAUGCUCUAAAUUCAAAAAUACCUAAACUAAUGAAUUAACCAC